CCAGUAUGAAGGUUGCCUUUAGGUCAGUAUUAUAGUAAGUGGCUGCAUAUUAAUUGGAUUGUUUCUUCUUGCCAUUUGUAGACGAAUUGAAGUCCGAAGUUGACAUCCACAGCAACUCGAAAUAUAGUCGCGAUGCAAGCUCGAUAUCAAUACGGAGAUAUAUAUUCAACCCAAACUCAAGUCUUCACUGACGUAUCAUAUGCACAAUAUAAUUCUACAAUCAUUCCCACUGUCACACAAGUACAAUACCAACCGCAAGGUUAUGUAGGAACGCGAUCACACGAAUACAGAAUAUACGCUUCAAGCAAACUACCAACCCGAAUGAUGUACACCUCCAUAUUCACACGUGUAGCCAUCCUCUAUACCUUUGGCGUGGGUCUCUGCCUGGCCUUCAGUCUUCUCAUGCACCAGCACAGAGUUUACACAUAUUAUGAUGUUUCCGCAUCGCUGUUCUUAGUGGGGUGCUGCGGCUUUGCAGCUGUGCUGGUGGGAUUGGGCUAUCCAUACGUAGACAAUCAACUGGGCCUGCCACAUAAGUUGAAUCGCGAAUGGUCCAGUGUAGUUAGGUGUGCCGGACUACUGGUUGGCAUCAGCUACGCGUGUGCGAAACUGCCGAACGUGACCACCACACAGCUGUCGGUGGUAGUGGCAUUCCUUGCGCUUGCGCUGUGGUGGCUAUUCGACCGUUCGCGUCAUGGGCUGUUGCUAGGUGUCUUCUUUGCCUUCGCUGGGACCGUAUCGGGACAGUUGUUAGCCUACUCUGGACUAUUGUGGUACACAAAGCCUGAUUUCAUCCUGGUCCGGUCCUGGUUCCCUUCUGUCCUGUUUUCUUCGGCCAUAUCCUUCGGCAGCAUGGGCAGACAACUGGCGGUUACCGAUGACACACAGGACACGUAUGAGACACGCGACUCAUUCAACACCGCACCACACACCCGUCGCACUAUGGCGAAGCUCAAGACCACGUAGCGUAUAGGUGGAGAUAUAAUAGCAUGUACGUGCAUAGCAUAUGCACGUAUACAUAGACGACAGCGAUCCAUGUGAAGACGUGGUCAUCGUGCCUACAGGAGCACAUGGGCGCACGUGGUUAUGACUAAUAAGGAUGGAAUCACGUGGCUGUGACUAAUGAGAUGGAAUCACGUGGCUGUGACUAAUGAGAUCGAAUCACGUGGCUAUGACUGAUGAGGGCUUGUCAACACAUCCAGGCGUACCAUCUCAGCAACGGUACCAAAUAUUGCCGCAUAUCUGACAGUCCUGUAUUGUAGGCUGUUGGGAUAAGGACAGCUUCUCAAGCGUGAGAUAUCUACAUACGAGCUUGUCUUGGAACACGCUUAUUCACGCCACCCUAUGGAAGAUGGAAGAUACAGAUAUAUAUGUAACACAUAUGAACAAACACGCCCAGACACGUGUGGCAAUCAUACACUGAGACAUGCGUACAAUCCCUAGCACACCAUCACACCGUGUUGGUGUACUGGUGGGUACUAUCAGCGACACAGAUGCGGCACGAGCAUCUUCCCCACUGCUGCACACCGAACACCCUACCAUGUAUUACACCGUCCAUUGCACACACGUAUAUAUCACAAUGUCCGACACACACCCAUAUACCACACUGCCUACUAUACACACGUAGUAAAGUAGAUGUCUGACACACAACCAUAUACCACACUACCUACCACACAUACGUAGUAAAGUAGGUGCGUACGUGACCCAAGUGCCGGGUGACGGGCGAGACUGAAUGCCACUGUAUCGUAGACUAAGGUGCAUAGUGGUGUGUUGUGGGACACCCUGUGCUACCUAUAUGCCUCAGUGGCGCACGAUGCUCUGAAGGCGAAGGAAAAGGCAAACGCACUGAUGCUAAUCGUAUCACCAUUGUGUGUGCAUAGCGAGUUAUAAUUAUACUCGGGUGUCGAAAGUCAUGAUGGGUACUAUUUGUCACUUCCAAGUUGCGUCGCAGUGGUCGCACUGUGAAUCGCGAUGGUCAAUAUAGUAUGAGAGGUUAGCCUGCGAUCAGAGAAGGUCGAUCCAGAUCGAUUUAAAUGCCGUUCCCCAUAAAACACACACAAGUGACUGAUAUGUAUCAGAUGGGAUUAGUCACCAUGUCCCACACAAAACACACAAGUGACUUAAUAUAUUUCAGUUGGAAUUAGUCACCAUAUCCCAUACAACGCACACAAGUGACUAAUAUAUAUCUGGUGCAAUCAGGUGCCGUGCCUUACCCAACGUACAUAUCUGAGAUGAUUUUAGUUACCAUCUCCUGUACAACACACACACGAGUGACUACGAUAUAUGUCUGAUGGAUUCCGGUGCCCUCUCUCAUGUAAGACAUACAAGUGACUGUGUCAACACUGUAGCAGCGAGAAGAUUUUAUCGGAAUCUUUCGAUAGAAAUGCGAACAUAUAUGUAAAAUAUUAAAUCGUAUCCAAACAAAAACACGUCGGUACCAGUUCGCAAUAAUAAAAAUAUAGCGUAUAUGCUCG